ACGGGCAACGGCCGAGGCGGCGGAGCGGCGGCGGAGGAGCGGUGGUGCCGGCGGCUUCCGCGUUGGCGGGCGGGGCGGCGGCGUUGGGAGGGCGCUCGGUGGAUGGGGCGCCGCGGCUCGGCGGCGGUUCCGGCAUCCGUCAGGCGGCGGCGGGCGGCCGGGGAGCGGGGGAUGAGCCUGUGAGGCGGAGGAGCGCGGGUGGGGCGAGCCCGGCCGGAGCGGAGCGAUGUCCCAGCCCCGGCAGCAGCCGCCACCGCCGCCGUCUCCUCAGCAGCAGCCGCAGCCGCCGCCUCCGGCCGCCGCCAAGAAGCGGGAGCGGCGCAUCUUCUCGGGCACCUGCCCCGACCCCAAAUGCCAGGCGCGGCUGUUCUUCCCGGCCCACGGGCCGCAGGGCGCCGGCAGCAUCGAGUGCACGGACUGCGGGCAGCGGCACGAGCAGCGGCAGCUGCUGGCGGUGGAGGAGGUGACGGACCCCGACCUGGUGCUGCACAACCUGCUGCGGAACGCGCUGCUGGGCGUCAGCGGCGCCGGGCCGCCCCGCAGGAACACCGAGCUCGUCAAGGUGCUGGGCCUCUCCAACUACCACUGCAAGCUGCUGGCCCCCAUCCUGGCCCGCUACGGCAUGGACAAGCAGACGGGCAAGGCCAAGCUGCUCAGGGAGAUGAACCAGGGAGACAUCUUCGACUGCUCCCUGCUGGGGGACCGCGCCUUCCUCAUCGAGCCGGAGCACGUCGAGACCGUCGGCUACGGCAAGGACCGCUCUGGCAGCCUCAUCUACCUGCAUGACACCCUGGAGGACAUCAAGAAGGCCAACAACAGCCAGGAGUGCCUCAUUCCCGUCCACGUGGAUGGAGACGGUCACUGUUUGGUCCACGCGGUCUCGCGGGCGCUGGUGGGCAGGGAACUGUUCUGGCACGCUUUGCGAGAGAACCUGAAGAAGCAUUUUGAGGAGAACCUGAGCCACUACAAGGCGCUCUUCCACGAUUUCAUCGACGUGGCCGAGUGGGAGGACAUCAUAAACGAGUGCGACCCGUUGUUUGUUCCUCCGGAAGGUGUGCCCAUGGGCCUUAGGAAUAUUCACAUCUUUGGCCUGGCCAAUGUGCUUCACCGCCCUAUCAUCCUGUUAGACUCGCUGAGUGGAAUGCGAAGCUCCGGAGACUAUUCAGCAACAUUCCUCCCUGGUCUGGUACCCCUAGAAAAAUGUAUGGGAAAAGAUGGCAUGUUGAACAAGCCCAUCUGCAUUGCCUGGAGUAGUUCGGGACGUAACCAUUAUAUUCCUCUGGUUGGAAUAAAAGGUGCUGCUUUACCUAAACUGCCUAGGAAGCUCCUGCCUAAGGCCUGGGGGGUUCCACAAGACCUCAUCAAAAAGUACAUCAAGUUAGAGGAGGAUGGUGGUUGUGUUAUCGGAGGAGACAGAAGCUUGCAAGAUAAGUACUUGAUGAGGCUGGUUGCUGCAAUGGAGGAGGUUUUCAUGAGCAAACACGGUAUUCACCCCAGUCUUGUAGCUGAUGUGCAUCAGUAUUUCUACAGAAGGACUGGGGUAAUAGGAGUCCAGCCCGAAGAAGUCACGGCAGCUGCCAAAAAAGCAGUGAUGGACAACCGCCUUCACAGGUGCCUGAUGUGUGGAGCCCUUUCAGAGCAUCACGUGCCUCCAGAGUGGUUGGCUCCAGGGGGGAAACUGUAUAAUCUGGCAAAAAAUACCCACGGUCAGCUACGGCCUGACAAAAAUUACAGCUUUCCCCUGAACAAUUUGGUGUGUUCUUACAGCCCUGCAAAGGAUGUGCUGGUACCAGACUACAGCCUGAGUAGUUUGACUACGUGUAACUGGUGUCACAGUAACUUAGUGCGUCGUGUCCGAGAAGACGGCUCUGUUUUGUAUUUGGAUGGAGACAGAACUAACACUAGGUCUACAGGUGGCAAGUGUGGCUGUGGAUUCAAGCACUACUGGGAAGGUAAAGAGUACGAUAACCUCCCUGAAGCAUUUCCCAUUACUCUGGAGUGGAGUGGAAGAGUGGUGAGAGAGACAGUCUAUUGGUUUCAGUACGAAAGCGACACCUCUCUGAACAGCAACGUGUACGAUGUCGCCAUGAAGCUCGUCACCAAGCACUUCCCUGGUGAGUUUGGUAGUGAGAUUCUUGUUCAGAAGGUCGUCAACACGAUACUGCAUCAAACUGCCAAAAAGAACCCCGAUGAUUAUACCCCUGUAAAUAUCGAUGGUGCUCACGCCCAAAGAGCUGGGGAGGUACAGCAAGGACAAGAGUUAGAGUCGCAACUUCCAACCAAAAUUAUUCUGACCGGACAGAAGACAAAAACUUUGCACAAGGAGGAGUUAAAUAUGAGCAAAACUGAAAGAACUAUUCAGCAGAACAUUGCAGACCAGGCCUCUGUGAUGCAGAAACGGAAAAGUGACAAAAUAAAACAAGAGCACAAAGGGCAACCGAGGGCUGUGUCUCCGGGGGCUGUUCGUGAGGGGCCAUCAUCUGCACCUGCUACACCAACCAAAACCCCGUAUUCACCAACAUCAAAAGAAAAGAAAAUCCGGAUAACAACAAAUGACGGGAGGCAGUCCAUGCUUACCCUGAAGUGCACUACCACUUUCUUGGAACUACAGGAAAGCAUAGCUAGAGAGUUUAAUAUUCCUCCGUAUUUACAAUGUAUUCGCUACGGCUUUCCUCCUAAAGAGCUCUUGCCUCCCAAAGAAGGCAUGGAAAAGGAACCCGUGCCUUUGCAGCACGGUGACAGAAUUGCCAUAGAAAUCCUGAAAGGUAAGGAGGAGAGCAGCCCGCCCGCUGCAGCCCACGCAGCCCACGCCGUGAAACUCGACGAUGUGGCAGUGACCAGUAAAAUCGCAUCGAGGGAGCUGCAGGAGCAGGUUGAUAAGGAGAUGUACUCUCUGUGUCUUCUAGCGACGCUGAUGGGAGAAGACGUCUGGACUUAUGCAAAGGGGCUCCCUCAGUUGUUUCAGCAGGGUGGAGUAUUCUACAGCAUAAUGAAGAAAACCACAGGUUUGGUUGAUGGCAAACACUGUACUUUUCCACAUUUGCCUGGUAAAAACUUUGUGUACAACGCAGCAGAAGAUCGAUUAGAGCUGUGUGUGGAUGCUGCUGGGCACUUUCCUAUUGGUCCUGAUGUCGAAGACUUGGUUAAAGAGGCCUUAAGUCAAGUGCGAGCAGAAGCUACUUCACGGAGCAGAGAAUCAAGUCCAUCUCACGGAAUGCUGAAGCUGGGUAGUGGUGGAGUAGUGAAAAAGAAAUCUGAACAGCUACAUAACAUAACUGCAUUUCAAGGAAAGGGCCAUUCGCUAGGAACUGCAUCUGGUAGUCAACAACAUGAUCAAAGAGCCAGGGAAGCACCACUUUUAAGAAAGCAUAGUACAGAAACAGACUUCAGUCCUGCUAAAAUUGAGCCUUCUGUAUUCCCAGCUGCUUCUGGUAAGAGUGAGCUGAUCCGAAUAGCUCCUGGAGUUGUGACAAUGAGAGACAGCAGGCAGCUCGACCCUACUUUGAUUGAGACACAGAGAAAAAAGUUGCAGGAGAUGAUCUCUUCUAUUCAGGCUUCAAUGGAUAGACAUUUGCGGGAUCAGAAUACAGAGCAGUCAGCAUCAGUUGAUGUAUCUCAAAGAAAAGUAGAGGCAGCGAGUUCAACUGCUAAAACUGGGAGCUUUCAGGCUGGCUUGCCUGAAUCGUUUUCUGCACCGGGUGGUACUGAACACUUGAAUACCGAGUCAGCUGGUGAUAACAUGGUGAAUUCUGUGGGAGCAACUUUCCCUGCAAGGUCUAAAGCACAAAAGGGAAAUUCUGUUGAGGAGCUUGAGGAGAUGGAUAGCCAAGAUGCAGGAAUUGCUAAUGUAACUGAGCCAAUGGAUCACUCUUGAUAGGUUAAAAUCUAAUAAGGCUAGAAGAAAUUACUGUUCAAAUGUAAUGUUUAUUGGCUGGGCCACACAAAGUGAUUAGUUAUUAAAUCUUGUAUGUAUGUCAAAAAAUUAUAUCAUCUUAUUCAGUGCAUGAUAAGCAAGUGUGUGAUUGGCAAUAGCUUUUAAUAUUACCAUACUGCUACCCAGGCUGGCUCUGUUACCUGUAAAUUAGUUAUUAGGAAAUGCACUGAGAUGAAUAUCUGCUGUAAUGUGGGCUAUUGAAAGUUCUUUGUGAUUUUUAAUUCCAAGUCAGUCUUAAAUUUUAAGCCCAUGCGAGAUUCUUGCCGUGCUAGUUGAGGCUACUGGAAAGGCUAAACCAGGCAAAACUAGGAACUUGACAAGGUUAAUCCUGUCCCAGGUACUCAGUUCCACUCCAGGAUACACUAUAAACAUGAGCUACAUGUAUAUUUCAAUAAGCAACUGAAACGCAGCUUGUCUUAAAUUUUACAAUGCGACAUACACAUGACUUUAACUAUGUUGUAUUGGCACUUCCUCAGAUGCAAAAAGGUUUUCAUUCACACAGCUGUAUAUGCUUGUCAGAAAUCUUGGGAUAAGUGUAACUGUAGUCAACUCUAAUUUCUGCAUGUGUCAGGUUAAGCAAGUGAGAAGAGUGUACGAUGAAGAUGAAGUGAAGGUGGUGUGGUUAUGCCUGGCUGUCUGAGUCAGCACAGCCAUUUUGAUGCUCUGUUAUAUCUCCUCCCAGUUACUGAGCUGGUUCAAAUGUUUUACAAUAUUAAAUACAACAGCAGGAGGGAAGUUGGCAAUUGUAAGAAACAACAAAAGUUCAUUAGCAAAUCAGUUUCUCUUAAAGGGCUUCAAUUACCGGCAUUGGUCAGUAACUGGCAGAAAAAAACUCCAAAACCCAAACGAAUAAUAGCUUCCCUCUUCCGAGCAGAUUAGUGAUUUAUUGGAAGGAAAUGUCUCUCUAAAACAUUGUUUUCCUUCCUUGGGUGUUCCUUAAUACAUGUUAUUUCAUUGGCUAUAAAGACUACCCACCUCGAUUGGCUUCAGUUUGUGAUGCAGAUUUCCCUGUCUGUAACAUUAUCGCUGGUAUCCAAGUAAGUAGUGUGUUCAUCAGACCUGCAGCGCUAAUUCUUAAGAAGGAGCCAUUGUGCUCGCUCCCUAAGGAUGGAAUGUUUAUCUGAUAUUGCACUUUGCUUCCUAUCUUCAUAGUCACACUUAAGUGCACUGUUGUUGCUUCUUCUAAUGGUAAAAUAACAUUGAAUGGAUGAGAGAUGCUAAUGCAGCUUCAAAGGAAUUAAGAGCAUUUAAGAUACUGAAGUCGGUGUUUGUGCACAUGUGGGGUUUUUACCAGUUCAGAAAUGUUUGUAUUGUAGAUGUUCGUAUUCAGAGAAGUCUCCACUUUUUACAUUUCUAAUCACUUAAACCAUUCUGAGCAUUGGAUGCAAAAUGCCCCGUGAGGAUUUAUUUUUGUAUGUAAUAAGAAAAAUUAACUGAUGUGAACCACUUAAAGGAUAGCGCCCGUUUUGUCAAGGUAAAUUGGAAUUUCUCUCUUGGCUGCCUUCUUACAGAGGCAGAGGGAGUGAAUGUGUAACUGCUUAGUUCACUGCUUUGAGGUAAAAUAGAAGAAUCGCAUUUUCACAAAUAAAUGAAAAAAACGAAGGCCUCAGAUCUUCAAGUUGCCGAGUCACUAACUGACAGUGUAUGAAGUAAUCUGGCACACCAGAACCAACCUUGCUGAUGCACUGAUUAACUGGCAGUGCUAAUUCAAUGAGAAACAGGAUGCGCAUGCAGCAGCUGGAAGCUUGCCAUGACUUCUGAAAACAUUCAGUCUCCCAUCAAUCAGUCUGGCUGUCUGAAGGCUAUUUCUGUAUAUACAGUGUUGAGCAGAGGAUUGUGCUUUGUCACAGCUGGAGGCUUAGAAAAGUCUGGCAGUGGAGCGUUCCUGGGGAGGAGCGGAGGUGAGGAGGGGCUGAGGGCAAGGACUCACCUGGAUCUUUUGCGUUGUAGAGAAGACUGCUAUCACUUUGACAACUUUCAACCUUUAGAACAAAUCUUCCUUGGCUGGAAAAAAAAAACAGACCCCACCAAAAAACCAUGAGCACUGUAUAUGAGAGAACUUUAAUUUUGAAAUACGUUGAAAUAUUUAUUGCACAUCAUCCUUAUUCCAAGGAAAGGUGCUUACUUUAAUGCCUUUGUGGUAAGAUUGCAGAAGUUUGUGUGCCUUUUACUGUGUAAAGAGGAAGGCUUGGUUUGAUUUUUGACACGCUUCCCAUUUCAGCAGCAAUUUGAUGUUUUCAAUCUUAACGAAGUAGAAAUAGACACAGGUUAUAGCUCUGCUUGACUCACACUUACUGUCGUCUCUGGGAUCCGCUAAUCUCACGUAGAUCAGAAUUCUCCAGUUCCUAAAAGAAAUUGUCUCACAAAGGAAUGGUAAAAUGGUGUCAAAAUUACAACAUCUGCUGAUGUGAACUCUUUUGGUGUCAUGUAGGAUUGUGCAUUUUUUUUUUUUUUUUUUUUUGUGCAGUGUUCUUAUUUCACAGAGCUUUCUCACGCAUUGAAGUAUUAGUGUUUUUGAGAAAGAUGGCUUUUGAUACUCUCAAGUAAGGCUAAGCUUCAUCUACAUGCUGGCAAGAUGUGUAACUGUACAGGAGAAGUGAAAUAAAGAACACUGAAGUGUAAAUUUGAACAGAUGUUUCCUUUAAUUGCUACCAGCGGAUGCAGUUGUAAUUUGAAGUGAAUCAGUGUGCCUGUAUUAUAAGCACCCACGUGCUUGUUAACUUCCCUGUUAGAGUCAGGAAAACUGUGGUGUGGGGUAAAAGGGCACGGAAGGUGUUGGCUCACUGUGGGUGUGAAGCCCCCUGUGGGUGUGAACAGGGCUUCUGAAAUGAUUUGAUGUGUACACCUUUCACCUAAACAUCAGCAACAAAAAGCAGCCAGCCCAAAUUCUUGCAUUACCUCUGGGUUUAGGUUGUGGCUCUACAUUCUCUUUGAGCGUUUGCCUUGAUUACAUUCUCAUCUAGGGGCUGACCUCUUUUUAAUACAGCAUCUCAUGACAAAGAAGAUACAAAUUACUUGAACAUUUUACUGUGGCUUAGUAGGUGUAACCUAAACAAGAGAUGACUACUGAAAGUACAGGCCCAGUGCAACAACCCCACCACCCAACAACAGCAAAAAAACAAACAAAAACCCAAACGGGAAACCCCAGGAGAGCGCAUCAAUUUUGGAGGCAAAUGCAAGAGCUUUACUACUCAAAAUGCCUUAGUUAGUGAGGUUGGGUUUUGUUUUAAUAUUUCUGUUUCUCUGAGAAUUACUUGAAUUUCAGUGAAGGGAAAAGAAACAACACUUUCUCAGUUGGAAUAACAUGAAUGUGUUUGGGAUGUCCUCAGCAUUACGGACAAAGUGACAUAUAGUUGUGGCUACAAUAUACGCACCGUGAAGUAGGUUUGGUCUCCAGCACAACAGGCCAGCAGCUUCACAAAGGUGCAGUGCCGCCAGGCUGUAUGCUAAUGGUCCUGUACAUGUGCAGCGGGCACCGUUUCCAAAGGCAAAUCUUUCAUUUAAAGUCUUUGAAGAAGUAGAGCCCAUUAUUGCUGUCACGAGGUUAGCAGAGCUCAUUGCUGUCCCUCAGUUUCCUGUGGAAGUAUCAGUUAGCGCAA